AUGUACAGCUUCGACGCGCUUGUCAAGUUCACGGCGAGAGAAGACGGCCAGGAAUACUUCGCUGCCGUCACUGCGACAGAACCAAACGCAUGUCCAGUUCCGCCGACGCCGGGGACUCUACUAGACGCUCAUCACACACUGGAGCAAUUUCUGAGUGGGUCAAAUUCGAAGCAGGUGACCGUCGAAAACUUGCUGGCGCCGCUCCCUCAAGCGAACCUCCCAAUUUACUGUGUGGGCCUGAACUUUCGAUCGCACGCAAAGGAAGCCAAGCUGACAAUGACAAAUUAUCCAACACUGUGGAACAAGCCGGCGAGGGCCCUGGCCAACCCCGACCAAGAUAUACCCGUGAAUGAGUUUUGUGCCACCAGUCUGCUGGAUUACGAAGGUGAACUGGUGUUUGUCACGUCCAAAGAAGCCAGGGAUGUCACCCAAGCUAAGGCGGCUUCCUACAUACUGGGGUAUACCAUCGGCAACGAUCUAUCCUGCCGCAUGUUUCAGCUUCAAAAGAAUUCCGGAGGGCAGUUCUUCUUUGCCAAGGGUUUCGACAAGUUUGCUCCCAUGGGCCCAGUUCUGAUUAGCCAGAAGCAGUACGAGGCCACAGCCAGGAGUCGAAGACUCACGACAACGGUGAAUGGCGAGGUUGUCCAGGAUGUCGAGCUGGCGAAGGAUAUGAUUUUCAGUCCCGAGCAGAUUCUCAGCCACAUGAGCCAAGGUACCACCAUCCCGGCUGGCACGGCCAUCAUGAUGGGAACACCCGCUGGCGUUGGCGCCUUCCGCAGUCCCAAAUCGUUCUUGGGCGAUGGCGAUAAAGUUGAAGUCCAGGUCAGCGCAAUCGGCGUGCUGUCUAACGUAGUGCUUUUCGAAAAUGUGUCGCUGUGGGGGCGAUUUCAAGUUGUAGCCACUCGACUGAUCCUCAGAUUGUUUACAUAA